UGUAGGUAGGCUUCAAUCAAAACGAUAACAAAUGCCGGCUAGACGGUCUACCAUACCUCUUGUCUGCUAGCAUUUCUUGUUCGACCAAAAAGCUGUUUCUUGGUGCCUUGCUAAACAGAUGUGUCCAAAUUACAACUUGGGAACGAGAAUAACAAGACAUAAUUGAAACAUAAAAACCCUCUGCUCCCCCUUGUUUCUCUGUUUCUUGGAGGCUAAAUUAGCUUUAGUUUUUUUGAGAGGUGAAUACCAAUGGCACCUAAAAGUAGUAGCUACCAGAUCUCAGCUUUGCCUGUUACGGUGAUGGCGCAUUUGCUAGUCGUCGCGAUCUUCACUCUCGUUCUUGUUUGGCUCCUGCACUUUCGACAUGGUCUGGCUUUCAAAUCCGAUAACAAACAGAAGAUUUUCAAUAUUCAUCCACUUCUGAUGGUAUCGUUUAUUUUACUCAUGGGAGAAGCUGUUAUGGCAUAUAAAUCCGUCCUGGCAACACGAAAAAUACAGAAGAUUGUUCAUCUAGUCCUGCAUUUGCUAGCCUUGGUUGCUGGAGUAUUGGGGGUUUAUGCAGUUUUCAAGUUUCAUCACGAAAUCCGCGCUCCAGAUAUGUACACCUUACAUUCCUGGCUUGGCAUUAGCACCAUUGCCUUAUUUGGUCUACAGUGGCUUUUGGGUUUCUUCUCGUUUGUGUUCCCGGGUGCACAAUCAUUUAGGAGAGCUGGGUACUUGCCAUGGCACAUUUUUGGUGGAAUGGUCAUAUUUUUCAUGGCGAUAUUGACUGCUGAGACUGGUUUAGUUCAGAGAUUCAUCUUCUUAGGCCUACGGCGCAGCCAAGAAGCACUGAUAGUGAACUUCACUGGACUCCUAAUCCUGCUAUUUGCAAUUGCUGUUGGCCUCACUGGUGUCCUUCCGCGUGCUUACUAGGAACUUCAUUUGAGAUCUUGUUUAUUUUGUUCAUGAUUUGUGAGUAACUUAAUUCACAUUUUAUAAUGCAUUACCCUGAUUUGUUUGUGGUUGAA